AUGGGUCGCAGAAGGGCCAGCCUUUGGGCGCUUUUCCCAUGCUGCAACCCCAAGAAAAAGGCCAAGACAAGAAAUAAGUUGACCUCAUCCCAAGUCCUGGAAGCAGAGUGGCCGGAGGAGUUGGCCACAUCUCAACAACUAAAGGCAUGCAGGGAGCAGCUUCUUACAAGAGAAGCGGAAAUCGCGGAGCUGAAAGCCGAAAGGAACAACACCAGGCUGCUGCUGGAACACCUGGAGAUCCUGGUUUCCCGGUAUGUGCCGUCCCUCCGGAUGACGGCGGGCCCGCAGCAGGCGCAGUCCCCAGCCAGCAUGACCAGCGAGGUGGAGCUGCUCAGGGCGCUGAGAUUGCUCUUUGAGCACCACAAGGCCCUGGACGAGAAGUGGAGAGAGCAACUACGACACGCUCUCGAAAGGUGUAGUUCCUUAGAAGAGGAAUUAAGGACCGCAGACAAACAGGUGCAGAGCCAGAGGGAGCAGGACUGGGAGUCCGCGCAGCAGGCCCGCGUGGUGGCCACCGUGGCCCAGGCCUUCGAGAGUGACGAGGAUGUGUCUGACGGCGAGGGCGACGGGGUCACCCUCCUCAGCUCGGCCGGUCAGCUGCCGCCCAGUGGGCAGGCCGAUGGCGACACUCUUCCUGUGAUGCUUCAGGAGCAGCUGGAUGCCAUCAACGAGGAGAUGUGCCGGGUGUCCGGGGGCCCCGAGGCCUGCCUGGGCCACACGCGCACAGCUACGCCCCUGUCCCGGGCCUGUGUCCAGAGCGGCCGCAGGCCGGUGACCCCGCGCAGGACCAGGCAGAGCUCCUGCUCAGAUAGUUCUCGUCACGUCAACCCGGGCCGAGGUGCCCGUCCGUGCCUGUGUGCCGAGCACGCGGGGCUCGGGGGGAAGGCAGGGGUGAACGGCACAGCCAGCCAUCGCAGGUGGAUCCAGGAGGAGAAGGAGAGCUCGGAGCAGCGGGCCGAGGAGACUGACAGCAGGGCGGGCGGGUCGCGCUUAGGCAGCCUUCGGCGUUUUAAGUCCCUGAGCUCCCUCAACCUGUGUCCUGCCUCCUCACUUGCCGGCUUCUGCCCGCCCAGCAGGGAGCGCUCCCCACCCCGAGGGAGGCGGCACAGCCCGGAGCUCCAGGGAGACCGGCUGGACGUCCUGACUCGGGUGCAGAGCCAGAGGGAGCAGGACUGGGAGUCCGCGCAGCAGGCCCGCGUGGUGGCCACCGUGGCCCAGGCCCUCGAGAGUGACGAGGAUGUGUCUGACGGCGAGGGCGACGGGGUCACCCUCCUCAGCUCGGCCGGUCAGCUGCCGCCCAGUGGGCAGGCCGAUGGCGACACUCUUCCUGUGAUGCUUCAGGAGCCGCUGGACGCCAUCAGUGAAGAGAUCCGGUGGAUCCAGGAGGAGAAGGAGAGCUCGGAGCAGCGGGCCGAGGAGACUGACAGCAGGGCGGGCGGGUCGCGCUUAGGCAGCCUUCGGCGUUUUAAGUCCCUGAGCUCCCUCAACCUGUGUCCUGCCUCCUCACUUGCCGGCUCCUGCCCGCCCAGCAGAGAGCGCUCCCCACCCCGAGGGAGGCAGCACAGCCCGGAGCUCCAGGGAGAUCGGCUGGACGUCCUGACUCCGCCUAGUGAGUUAAGGAAGCAUCGUCGAAAGCUGCCAGCUUUAAUGGAAGAGGAAGAAGACGAUGAGACCAGCAUCAAAGGUGGAACCUCGAGCCCUGCCUCGCCACGGUCCCUUCGGCUGGACCGGCUGCACACGGGGGCGCUGCGCACGGCCGGCCCCGAGGACGUCAGGGACGCCCGCAACUCGACCGGCUCUCAGGACGGCCCCGGGGGCAACCCCAGCAGCAGCACCAUCAGCCAGGACUCGCUGCACAAAGCCGCGAAGAAGAAGGGCAUCAGGUCCUACAUCGGCCGCUUGUUUGGCAAGAAGUAAAAGGGCCGGCCUGGACUCCCGCGGGGCGCCAAGGUCAUGUUCUCUGCCGCUGAGGGCUCUCCAGGGCCGACCUCCGGAGACCCGCCGACCCUCCACUCCCAGGGCGUGGCCUCCGUGCCCCCUCGGGACCAGGCCGGCCUGUGCUCACCCCGAAGCUCAGCAGGAGUGAGUCCUGACUGUGGCGGAGUCCAGCCUCUGCGUUCCCGCCACGCUGCCGGGUCCCAGGAGCGCGGGAGGAAGCGUGUAAACCGAGAGUGCGACAGGAUGCUGUACACGGCCAGCCACACGGACGUCAGGGACGCCUGCAAUUGUGGGCACGAGCUGCUUCAGGAAGCCUGGAGACAAGGCUUGCGUUUUGCACAAUGGGAGGGGCCGGCUGCUGUGGUCUGGCGGGAGCUCUGGGUCGGGAUGCCGGCCUGGUAUGUGGCUGCUUGCCCAGCCAGCGUGAAGAACGACGCCAUCAUGUCCGCCCUGUUGGGCACAGGGAUCCAGCGUGAGAUCGGCAUCAAACCGCUGCGCCAGCUGAAGCUGCGGCUGGCGAUCCGGGAGAUCACGUCCCUGAGCAGCCCCUCCGCCCCUCCCACGUCCAGAACCACCUCAGGAAACGUCUGGUGAGCACAGGAGAUGGAGGCACUCACGGCCACGCCGCCAACCGAGGAUGAGGAGGGAAGCUGGGCUCAGACCCUUGCAUACAGGGACGUGAGCCUCGAGCGGAUCGGCACCGAGUGACUGCCCAGCCUGGGCCUCCGGCAGUGCCGCAGCUACCUCAUGGAGUGCCUUGUGGACACGCGGAUGCUGGACCACUUGACCGAGAAAGACCUUUGCGGACGACUGAAAAUGGUUGACAGUUUUCACAGAAACAGUUUGCAGUGUGGAAUUGUGUGCCUGUGAAGGUUGAAUUAUGACUGAAAAGAACUGGAAAGGAAAAGAGAAGAAAGCCAGAAUGAACUAGCACAGAAUGAAAGGCUAGUCCCGUCCUCGCUGUCCCCACCCUCGGGCCCCUGCACGCUGUCAGUCGAUGGGGCGAAGGAAGAAGGCUGGGUGCCCGGGGCCGCUGUGUCCCCACUUGAUGGCAAGACAGACGGCCAGACAGCCUGGGCCGGGGUCAGGCUCUGUGGCUCAGACGCCUUGUGCACGCGCCCCCCAUGCCGCCAGGGUCCCGUCCGUGACAGCGGCGUCUCAGGGGCUCCUUUCUCCCCGGUUGGCGGUGCCGGCCACACUGGGGGAUCCCAGAGGGAGUGUGCGCUCACCCCGAGGGAGCGGGGCCUGGAGGGUCUCUUUGAUCAGCCCCGUGCUCUGCCCUCCCUGAAGCGGCCUGUGGAGAGCGGCAUGGCCCCCAGGACAGCAGAUCACGGGGCUCCAGGCCACGAGGGCCCGGCCACUGACCCACAACGUGGCGGGAACGCAGAGGCUGGACUCCGCCACACUCAGGACUCACUCCUGCUGAGCUUCGGGGUGAGCACAGGCCGGCCUGGUCCCGAGGGGGCACGGAGGCCACGCCCUGGGAGUGGAGGGUCGGCGGGUCUCCGGAGGUCGGCCCUGGAGAGCCCUCAGCGGCAGAGAACGGCAGUGUCCUUCCAGAUUCACGGUCGCCUUGAUAUCUCAAGCCCAAGUCCUGAGUUGCGUCCCAGUCCGGCUAGGCAGAGGCCUGGGAACACCCAUGCUCAGGGGCUGAAAGGAUCCCAGGGGGACAGCCAGGCCCCAGCGGGCGGCGGGGCAGGGGACGAGGGUGGCCGCCCACAGAGGGCCCCGCAGCAGCACUGCAAGGACAGCAGCGAUGCCUCAGCUCACUCAGGGACGCUGCCGGCCUAG